AUGUCUUCUAAUUUUAAGUACACUCUUACAAAGGUAUAUAAAAAUUAUUUAAAAUAUGUACCAGAACUGGAAUCAAAUGCUGUUUUACGGACCAUUGUGCAAUUAUGUAUUAAUUAUAUUGAAUCAAAAACUUGUUCAAAAGAGAUUAUAAAUCGUGCUGUCGAAAAAAUAGCAGCGGCCAACCAAGACGUCCCAGAGCAUAUUUAUGAACUGUUUUCUGCAAUCCUGUUAUUAAUCCAGAUGUAUUUGCGCUAUCCUAAGGGAAUUGUAAAGGAUGAUGAGUUGAAAGAAACUCUCAAGGAGCUACGGUUUGCCGAGCAUUGUACUGAAGAUUUGAUAAAAGUUCUCCACAAUCACCGCGAUGUGCUCAGUUGGAACUAUAGAGAAAUGCGCAAUCUCCGAUCUCCUCCUAAGCGAAUGGUUUGGCGUAUCAAUGUUAAUUUUGUUAACAGAUCAACAACACCAUAUCCAACCGUAAUCAUACACAUUCAAAAGACUGAUGGAGAGUUUCAAAGUUUCGAAAUAAAUAUAGCACAGUUUCACAGACUUCGCUAUAAUGUAGCGUUAUUACUACAUGAGCUGCAAAGUCUGGACAGACGCCGAAGUUUAAAAAAAAUGUAAACUGUUUUUUUUUCAAUAUACGUUCGAAAUGGA